CGCCUGCAGUGCAGAUACCACCGCGGUGCCAUCUAUCUAUCUGCACGCGCCUCACGCUGUCUUCUCCUCUCAAAUGAGGAGGCAACUGAUGCGAGAGUCUGCAAAGAGGAGCCAAUCGCCAAACAGAGACGGUGUCGCCCUACCCCUCUCAGAUGCUUCCAAUCAUGUGUCCGGUGUGGGAGGAACGGCGUUUGCAGAGGAAAAUCGAUGAUCCAGCGCGUUGAGCUGAAAUUGACAAGUUUCGGUUAAAUGCCUUGUCUUUUUUUUUUUUUUUUUUUUGGGGCCGGUUUUAAGGUUGCUCAACAGCUCCGUCUGUCAGUGUCUCAGUGCUGCACACACUCACACACACACAGCGGGACAUCAUGUGUGCUGCAAGCCCUAAUACACUCUUUGGGAUGGGAAACCCCUUGCUGGACAUCUUGGUUGUUGUGGACAAAGACUUCCUUGACAAGUACAGUCUGAAGCCCAACGACCAGAUCCUGGCUGAGGACAAACACAAAGCACUAUUUGAGGAGAUUGUGAAGAAGUUUAAAGUAGAUUACCAUGCUGGAGGAGCCACUCAGAACUCCAUAAAGAUCGCUCAGUGGAUGAUCCAAGAGCCCCACAACGUGGGCACGUUCUUUGGCUGCAUCGGCAAAGACAAGUUUGGAGAGAUCCUGAAGCAGAAGGCUAAGGAGGCCCACAUCGACGCCCACUACUACGAGCAGGACGAGGAGCCCACCGGGACGUGUGCGGCGUGCAUCACGGGGACCAACAGAUCGCUUGUAGCUAAUCUGGCUGCUGCCAACUGCUAUAAGAAGGAUAAACAUCUAGACCUGGAGGAGAAUUGGAAGCUGGUGGAGAAAGCUAAAGUCUACUACAUUGCUGGUUUCUUCCUGACUGUCUCUUUGGAGUCCAUUCUGAAGGUGGCAAAGCACGCCGCUGAAAACAACAAGCUGUUUUGUAUGAACCUCUCGGCGCCCUUCAUCUGUCAGUUCUUCAAAGACAACCUCAUGCAGGUUCUGCCCUACGUCGAUGUGCUGUUUGGCAACGAGAUGGAGUCUGCCGCUUUUGCUAAAGAGCAAGACUUUGACACCACGGACAUUAAGGAGAUUGCCAAGAAAGCCCAGGCUUUACCCAAAGUCAACAAAAAGAGACAGAGGAUCGUGGUUUUGACUCAGGGGAAGGACGACACUGUUAUGGCCCACGGUGACAAGAUCGAUGCUUUCCCAGUAGUGAAGAUUGACCCCAAGGACAUUGUGGACACGAACGGAGCAGGGGACGCCUUCGUGGGAGGUUUUCUGUCUCAGCUUGUGAGGGACAAACCUCUGGAGCAGUGCAUGAAGGCGGCGCACUACGCCGCCAACGUCAUCAUCCAACGAGGAGGCUGCACCUUCCCUGAAAAGCCAGACUUUAACUGAAAACCUUUCCUUGUUCUCUCCGUUGCUACAACUCUGACUCAUAAUUCUGUUGUAUUCCACCAAUGCUAACCGGGAUUUUUAACAAUAUUUAUUUUGAAUAAGAAGCAUGUCCAUUUUCAAAUUGUUUUUUUUUUUUUUUUUUUUAAGUCUUUGCGCACAUCAUUUCUUACAACGUGGCAGUUUCGUGCCUCGUGCCGUUUGUCUCUUUAUUCUCUACUUGGGGCGACUUAUGGAUCUUGCAGCCAAAAACAAAGAGACUUAUUUAAUGAUAAAGGAAACCCUGUAACGUAAGGUUCCGUCAUCAUUGUGAAUUAGUUAUGAAACCCUGUUUCUUAGUUGUUUACUUUUGGCUUUUAUACCACCAAACACUUCUGUAAGUGCACAAGCCCAUAUCUCCCCCACACAGACAGAAUCCAAGCACAAGAAGGCUAAUUGGGGUCAUGUUCUGCUCAGAAGACUGAAUAAUUAGAUGCAGUAGGCAAGCAUACUUCAAUCGAACGUGCAGUGAUGAUUUGUUUUAUGAGCUUAAUUUUGUUUCGGUUGAAUUUAGCUGCCCUAUCAUUGAACAAGACUGUUCUUAGAUACUCUUUUCUGCAUGUGUCAAAGCCAAUUUCCACCACACCCUCCGAGAAGCUGGAGAAUAUUAGCUUCAUCCGCUGCGCGUGUGAUCUUCUUAAGUUACCUUGUUUGUAGUGAGCUGCGUAAAAAGAACUGACUGCCUUGUCUCUUUCUCUGUAAAUGCUGAAAAAUAUCCACAGGCCUGAUGAGAAGCCUGCAGGGUUUGCAUGAGCCUGGAUGCUGGGAAGUGGAAAAGCUAGUUUAGGGAAAUCUGGUAACUCAUAGGUGUAAAUGAACACAACACCCUUAAGAUGGACACAGGGCAUCUGUUAUUCUCAGAAAGAGCUUAUGUUCUCUGUUUUAAGGAUACAGUGGGCAUUAAAACCCUUAAGUUUUCUGACCUUGAGUUUGUCACUUGUUCCCAGUUAGAGGUAUAUCAUCCUACUUAAUGUAUUAUAAACACAACGGGUAGAUUUGUUCAUCCGAAAUCAAAUGGACAUGAGAUUUUUUUUUUUUUUUUUUAAGCAAAACUGAUUGUCUGGUUAAUUUAUACUUCAGAUGAAAGAUGCUGGAAAAAGUUGGAGAGCAAAGAUUGUGAAAGGCUGAACGCGAUGUGGGGCCAAGCAUUGCAACCCAUCUGUGUCAACCUGACUUUGUCUUACAUUGUGAUCUGUGCAACGUGGAAUACUUGAAUAUAUCAAACACGAAUCUGAACGUCCUCUGAAAUCCUAUGAAGCCAGACUUUGGUAGUUUCAUGAGCAGUCGGUUGUGUUAAAAUGUGUUCGUCUGGUACUUGUAAAGUAACGCACAUCGUCCCACAGGCUUUUUCUUUAUCUUGUCUGGAUCCACCAAAAAGCCUUAUGUGACCAUCUAUUAUUGGUCUCAUUAAAGUUCAAGUUGCCCUUCUCUGUGGUGAACCGUGGGAUGCCUGAAACUGACAAAUAAACCAAUUUUGUUAUUUCA